GCAGAGGCGGCGCGGCGCGAGAAGGAGGCUGCGGACAAGAGGGCGGAGGAGGAGAAGGCGAGGCGGCGCUCAAAGGCGGCGGAGGCAACGGCUGCCAAGAAGGAGGCCAAGGCGAAGAACAAUAAGGCCAAGAAGGCGCCGUCCGCCUUGAAGCUCGAGGAGGAGCGGAGGGCGCGGGCUGCGGCAGAGCUGCGAGAGCAGGAGGAGAGGGCGGCGCGGCUGGCUGCUGAGCAGGAGGCGGCGAGGCGGGCGGAGCGCGAGGCGGCAGAGCUAGCGGGUGCGGCAGAGCAGGCGGCGCUGCGCGAGGAUGCGGAGCUGGCAGAGGCGCUGCGCCGGUCAGAGAGAGAUGCGGAGGAGGAGGCUCUGGCGCGUCGGGUGUCGCGGUGCGAGGAGGCAGUGAGCAGCGAGUCGACCGGCGGCGGGGACCUGAUGCGGCGUGUCGAGCGGCUGGAGGCGAGCCUCGGCGCGGCGACCGAGGGCAGCCUCGAGGAGCGGGUCGGCGCCAUCGAGCGCUUGAUCGGGCCAGAGGCGGGAGAGGCGGCGGAGCAGCAUCUGCCAGUCACUGAGCCGCUUGCUGCCGUCUCACUAGCUGACGCCGGCCUCGACACGGGGCGGCCGGCUGCCCCCGAGUCCACGAUAGGGGGAGAGACCACGUGCAUCGUGUGUUUCGCGAGAGUCAAGUCGCAUGCUGCGGUUCCGUGCGGGCACUUGUGCGCUUGCGGGCCAUGCUCUGAGCUGAUGCGAGAGUGCCCUUACUGCCGCGAGCCAGCGAUGAUGUGGAUGGUUCCGCGUCCGGUCUAG